AUGCCUCUCUUUUCCAGCAAAAAAAAGGUCAAGAUCGACCUAACAGAACACCAUCGAGACAAAAGAAAGAUGGGCAAGAACGUCGACCCUUCCAGAGCUAUCACGGAGGAGGAACCAUGGGCUAUUGCUCAGCAAGCCGGCAAGGGUAUUUCGCAAAUGCGACAUAAAGACCAAUAUGGCAAUGAGAUUACCGACCCAGACCGGAGCAAUCCUACACGCCACAGAAUGGAGCGCCCUCUAGAUACUAUUCGGGGUUUCGAGAAAGCUAUCAACAAUGAUUAUGACAGAGAAUAUACCCCACGUCGCUCGAAUAGAUACGGGUCGAAUUCGCAAUAUGAACAACAGAAUUCACAGCGUGCCUCAAUGGCCCACCAAUAUGGUGACCAGAGUGCAAGGCAAUCGACUCAUGAGUACUACGACAACGGUAACUCGUAUUCGCAGAGGCCGCAAUACCAGCAUCAGCGAAGCUCAGGUUUCGAAGGUGCACCCAGCGGCUCCCGAUAUCGAGGAGAAGUUCCAUCUGAUUCCAACUCUGGUGGAAGCGGCUGGUCCGGAGACCCAUAUUCUACGAACCCAUCUUCCGAUGCCUCGGGGUAUGCCACCUAUGAGCAGCAGCAGCAGCAGCAAUACCAACAACCAGGUAGAUUACCGCUAGGUUCAAAUGAUAAGCCCUUGCCAAAUAUCAAUAGACUCUCGGGAAAUUCCCCACCGACAGGAUAUCAGAACGGCUAUAGCAAUCAACCCCAGCAACAGAAUGGAUAUCCCCAACAAAAUGGUUACCCCCAGCAGCAGCAGCAACAACCGCAAAACGGCUACGCUCAACAGCAGCAGCAAUAUGGUUCCCAGAAUGGACAAAACCAAACCCCACAAAAUCAAGGCCAGUACAGGCAACCGUAUGGGCAGCAGCAGCAACAAACCCAAGCCGCAUGGAGUCAGCAGCAACCAACAAAAACUGCAGUCUCAAAAAGUUCGGCUGCGGUUGAAGGGAAAGAGAAGAGAAAAUCUUGGUUCCGAAGGAGCAAGUCUUAA